CUGCAGUGUAUAAAUUGUAUCAUGGCGGAGUACAUCAAUUAUGAUGCUUGGAUUGAGAGAUAUAAAACUUUUAUUGCUAGUAAUCCAGCUUUUGCUAGUCAAUUAGAAUCAUAUUUGAGAUGGAUUUCGUAUAUAACAGCAGGUCGAUUUGAACACUCUCCUAUAAUAUCAGAAUUGAUUUAUUCAGCAUCCAGUCUUCUUGGUUUGGUAAAUGAUACCAUAUUACGAAAAGCUGCUAACAUUCCGUUGCAUGUGAAUACAUCAGUUGAAAGUCUCCAGCGCUGUUUAGCCAUCCUUGAAUAUACAGAAGUAUUCCUAGAAAUAGCAUCCUCCAGGCUAGGAGGACCAUCUAUUCGUUGGAUAGUCAUCACUGUUAUUCAGCUUAUCAAAACCGCUUUGCAUUUAGUGCUGCUGUUGAGGUUUGAUCAGGGAAUACAAAAAUGUCCAGCAGUUUCUCCUCUCAACCGUCGUCGAGACUUAUCCCAGUUACAGAACAGGAACAAAAAAGAAAAUGGCCAUAAUUCAAAUGAGAAAACCAAUUGUACUCCUAUGGAGGUUACAUUCUCUUUAAAAAGAUCAGGCAGGACAAUUCGUACACUUGCUGCAGCUCCUCCUUUAAGUAAAAGAACAUGGAAACUUCCGGAAUCUGAAAAACAACCAAAAAAUACACCUAAGAUACACUUCCCUCCAACAUCUUUAGAAGGUCAACAGUUUGCAGCUGAACUCCUGCAUCUAAUGCGACCUAUGACCCACUUAGCCACAAUGGGAUUAUAUGGCACAGAUUCUUGGAAACCCUGGAUUGUAGCCUUAGGAAUGGAUGUAUCAAGCUUACAUCUACUUAGAGAAAAUGAGCAGUUGAACCAUGCCGAACAGUUAGAAUUAACACGUCGGGCAUUGAUGUUAGUUAUGUUUCUGCUUCGCUCUCCUUUCUAUGAUCGCUUCAGUAGAGAGAAGAUCUUGCAAAUUUUAUCAAGCAUAGCAAGGAACAUUCCAGUUAUGAAACUUUUUAUGUAUCCUCUGAUGGAAUACUUACCAGAGUGGCAAAAAAGCUACUUCCACACUUGGGUAUUGUAAGGCCACAAAUGUUCUCCUAUAAUAUUAUCAAGAUUUCUAACAAUUGCUGUUUUCUGCUCUAAUUGAAGUUCAUCAUUGGUUUACUAGCUAAAUAUGGGGAGUUGCCAGUUUACUAUAUUCAUCCAUUAGUAGCCCUCUGUAACAAACUUUUUAACAUUAUAUUUUCCAAAUAAGGAACAUUAAUAAGAAUAGUUCCUUUUUCUGUGUUUAAAGCUUUACAAAUUUAAUCAAGUGUUGUUGUUAUGAGAUACAUAGAAUAUUACCACUGUGAGCUUAUUCGAGUAGGAUCUUUGAACAAAGUAUAUGACACUGCAACUUUAAGCAAUAACAAAUGAUUCAGUUCUGUAAUAAGGUGUAUUUAUAGAUUGAGUUAUUGAAUUUUAUGUUACCUUCAAUGUAGUUUUAAAGCUGAACUUUUUAAGCAUAUAUUCAAUAGAGAAUCUAUCGUAUGGAUAUAUUUUUAACAAAAAAAUCCUCUUGAAAUUAAGUAUUGUUUUCCACAAUGUCCAUGCUAUUUACCUUGUGUUUACAACAAAUUGAAAAAUUAAGCAGUUAGGUUAAAUUCAUAUGUUUAUUUAUGACUUGAAAAAAAUAAACAUAUAUGCAACUAGCAUUACUUAUUCAUAUGUCAUACUAAGACAUUCCUGUAAAGUUAAGUGAGCAGUGCAGAGUACUGUAUGGAUUAUCUUAUGAAGUUGUAAAAUAAAGGUCAUUUUAAUAAUCUUCA